AUGAAGACUCUUACGAUUGUACUGUUGCUGCAAAUAGUCGCCGGUGCGAUAGAAUUCAAGCUCGGAUUCAGCGGCUUGCGCCUCAGCCCAGAUCAGAUGGCAAGCAACAUAAAGGUGAGCUCUGUGAAGCAAAGGGUCUACAAGAUGACUGUAACACUGAUCAAGCUCUCUAUCCUGAUGAUCUACUUGAAGAUCGGCGUGAGCAGGACGUUCGAGCGGCUCUGCAAGCUUACCAUGUGUCUCCUGGUGGCAUGGCAAAUCGUCGUUGUAAUCGUCGUCCCUGCGCAGUGUACACCGCUCGAAAAGCUCUGGGACUUCACUGGCACCGUAGAGGGCCAUUGCAUAAACGCAAACGCAUUUUAUCAUGGUCAGUGCUACAAUCUCACUUCGGCUUUUCACAUUCUCAUGGACAUUUGGAUCCUUGUCCUUCCCCUCAAACUCAUCAUCCGCAUACCCCGUCCGCCACGCGAAAAAAUCGCACUUUUCAUCAUCUUCGGCCUCGGCGUCAUAAGCACAAUCGCUUCAAUCGUCCGUCUGCAAUCUCUCCGCAUAUUCACAUUGUCCAACGACCCAUUCUACGACUCCCUACCAAUCAACACAUGGUCCAUGGUCGAAGUCAACAUCGGCAUAGUCUGCGCCUCCAUACCCUCGCUCAAGCCGCUCCUAUCCCGCGCCCAGAGACACUACAGUGAGCAAUUGUCGUAUAAGUGCUCUGAUAGGAAAUACGAAGAGAGCGACUGGGAGGACGCUGGCAAGCCGACUAUCUUGAAGACAGGCAAGGAUCUUAUGAUCAGCCUGCAUCCCUCAAAUACCCAAGUGGAACAUGAGGAAGUGCGAGUUAUUCGAUAG